GUACCGUAACUAUUUUGUGAAUUUCUCGUAAUUUCUAACAAAAAAACUUUAGUUUUCAGAAACCAAUACUUAAAUCAGCUUUAGAUAUUAUGUACUAAUUAAAGUCUGUCAUAAUAUGCUAAUAUCAAAUAAGACACGUUUUAAAGAGAUAAAUAUUUACAUGUAACGUGGGUCAAAAUACCACAAUUUUAAUAAAAUGACACUGUACGAAAUGUUUUGUGAUGAAUAACAUUUAUGUGGUAAACUCUACAUGAUCAAUAUGGCAAAAUUUUGGAAACAUUAUGUUAUUAUAUUCAGUCUGUUAUGUCUUUUUGCGUUAACAAAAGGUUCUCGAGAGAUUGUUUAUCAAGGCGAUAGUCUACCUCAACAUGGACGUUGUGAACCCAUUACCAUUCAGUUUUGUCAAAAAUUGCGUUAUAAUCAAACCAUUUUUCCGAAUAUUUUAAAUCAAGCACGACAAGAAGAUGCAGCCGCAAACAUGCUUCUGUUUACAACUCUCAUUAAACUGAAUUGCUCUCCUGAUCUAAGAUUCUUCUUGUGUUCAGUUUAUGCACCCGUUUGCACGAUACUAGAUUCUGCGAUACCGCCUUGUCGUCAUUUAUGUGAAGCUGCAAAACAAAGCUGUGAUGUCGUCAUACGAAAAUUUGAUUUUCCUUGGCCCCCUGAGCUUGAAUGUUCUGAAUUUCCUGAAGUAUCUGAUAAUAACAUAUGUGUUGGUGACAAUAAUACUGCCCAUGAAUCUCGAAAACGCACUGAUACCAAGUUUCGUAAGGUUGACUUCAAAUCUAACAUGGAGAGAGAUCCGACUAGAUUGCAUGAGUUUGUGUGCCCAGUGCAGUUCAAAGUACCAAGACAUUUAGAUCUUGAAUACUCUUUUAAAGUUGGAAAUAGAGUUGAACAUGACUGUGGAGCCCCAUGCAAUGGAAUGUUCUUCAGUAAAGAUGAAAAGAAUUUUUCAAGGCUCUGGAUUGGAAUCUGGGCAGUCCUGUGUGCACUCAGUUGCCUUUUUACUGUGCUAACAUUUUUAAUAGAUACAGAUAGAUUCAGGUAUCCAGAAAGACCCAUAAUAUUUUUGUCAGUUUGUUAUCUAAUGGUAGCUAUUGCCUACAUAAUGGGUUGGAGUGCAGGUGAUAAUAUAAGCUGCCAAGGGCCUUUUGUUUCUGCUGUCAGUGGAACAAGAUUACCCAACAUAUCAGUUAUCACACAAGGUACAAAACAUGAGCCAUGCACAAUACUGUUUAUGAUAGUAUAUUUCUUUAGUAUGGCUUCGAGUAUAUGGUGGGUCAUAUUAACCCUGACAUGGUUUUUGGCUGCUGGCCUAAAAUGGGGACAUGAAGCAAUAGAAGCAAAUUCCCAAUAUUUUCAUCUUGCUGCUUGGGCAGUACCAGCUGUGAAGACAAUAUCUAUUCUAGCAAUGGGGAAAGUAGAUGGUGAUGUACUGUCAGGUGUAUGUUACGUUGGAUUAUGGGAUGCAGAAGCUUUAAGAGGAUUUGUGUUGGCACCUUUAUGUGUCUAUUUAGUGUUUGGAACAAUCUUUCUUCUAGCUGGCUUUGUCUCACUGUUUCGGAUCAGAACUGUCAUGAAACAUGAUGGGACUAAAACUGAUAAAUUAGAGAAACUGAUGAUUCGCAUUGGUGUGUUUGGUGUACUAUACACCGUGCCUGCCCUCAUAGUCAUAGCAUGUUUGUUCUAUGAACAAGUUAAUUUUGACAAAUGGAUGAUUGCAUGGCAACGAGACAUGUGUUCGAUACGACAAUACUCAAUUCCUUGUCCGAUAAUUCAUGAAGAGAUAGAAGGACCAAAGUUUGAAAUGUUUAUGAUUAAAUAUCUAAUGACAAUGAUUGUUGGUAUAACAUCUAGCUUUUGGAUAUGGUCUGGUAAAACUUUGAUAUCAUGGUCUCAAUUUUUUGACAAAGUUAAAGGUCGCAGAGUAGAAGCCUAUGUGUAAUUAUUUUAAAUGCAGAAACUGCAACUGCAAACAAAAGUUAAUGAAUGUUUUCAUUAUAUAUUAUAUUUAGAUUUAUUUGUUUUUGUAUAAUUAUUUUUAGUUACUACUUGAAUGUAUGACAAUCCUCUAUUUUAUUAAACAGUAAUAUACAUCAAACAAGACUGCCAUAAAUUUUGGAAAGUCAUAUAAAACAAUAUUUCUUAGUCACCUUCUACUGUAGCUGCUUUACUUUAUAGAUUACAUGGACUGUUCAUUGCUAUUGUGAUGCAAAUUCAGUUAACUGUGAUAUAACAAUUUCUAGUUAAUUGCUUUACCUAUUCCAGUUAAAAUUCAUUAAAACUUAAAAGUUCCUAAUGGCUCAUCAUUGUUAUUAUUCAGUGAAAGCAAACAGCAUUAUGAUGUAAUUUUAAAAGUUUUUCACAGGAAAUUUAUUGUAAUAAACUAUGAAUGUUAUGAAUCUUUUACAUUCCAUCAACAAUGGUUUUCUUGCUUAAAUGUUAUUUUAUAAAAAGAAGUAUUGGUAUUAUUCUGAAAAAAAUCAUUUAUGUUAUAUUAUAAAACAUAAAUUCUCAUGAUACAACCUAUGGCAAUCACUAAUUACGAUAGUUCUUUCAUAAAAUAAUAAUUGUAUGUAGUCUAAUUAAGUUUAAUUUAGAAAUUAACAUUCAUAGCAGCAUAUAGAUAAUUAAGUUGGAAAUGAAAUGAACCCAAUGUAAUGAUAUAGACAAAAACCAGGUACUCUAUGUAUAAUAUAAUUUAAAAUUUUGUAACUAAUAUUGAGUACAAAGAAAUUUCGCCAUGAAAUAAGGAGUGUACAGAGAUGGUGUGCUUGAAAAUUAAAAUCUUAAUAGGUAUAUUAGUUUACAAAGGCUGAUUUUGAUUAAGGUGGCAUUUAUUUGUGUCAUAAUUUACUUACGUUUUGUAUGUAAUUAUUUUAAAUCAUAUUUUUCUUUAAUUAAA